GGCGGAUAUUAUCACCAUGUUGCUGCACGCCAAGGCCUACAUUGAGGCGCGAGACCACAACGGCUGCACUGCCCUGAUGUUCGCCGUGGCCAAUGGCAACGAGGCUAUCACUCGACGUUUGAUCCUGGCACAAGCCAAUGUGAACAACUUUGACUACGAGAACCACAGUUGCCUCAACUACGCCCUGCAGUUCAAUCAGACCAAACUCGUGGGUUUGCUGAAGAAGGCUGGAGCCAUGGACAAGCUGAGCUUGGACGAUGAGGACGAGGAAGAGGAUGAUGGUGCCGCAUCCAUGUCACCCUCGGCGUCGCCCAGUCGCUUGCAGUUGCCCCGUGGAUUGCCCGACUGCGAGACGAGUUCUUGUGCCGAGAGCUUGUCGACAGAGGCACCUGAGACGUCACCGCUGUCGGCCGCGACGGGUGGAGCAGACUCGCCCGAGGUGAAGAAAAAGAAGAAGAAAGUCAAGGAGGAGGGCGAGGCGAGUCCUGAUGCUGUCAAAAAGAAGAAAAAGGCAACCGCUGAUGGCGAGAAGGCCGAGAAAGGAACCAAGAAGAAGAAGGUGAAGAGUCAAGGCUUAGGUGAGAAGGGCCUCAUGGAGGCAGUAGCCGUACAGGAUGAAGGAGCGAUCACCGUGAAGGAGGAGCCUGAAAAGAAGGAGGAGGUCCCGGUGGAAGACGGUCCGACGGACGAAGAGUUGGCAAAAGCAGCGGCCAUGAAGAAGGAGAAGGAAGCUGCCCGAGAAGCCUUGAAGGAAGCCGUCGCCAAACCAGAACUGUCCAGGUUGGAGCAGGCGAUCGAAAAGGCCCAGAAGGCAGAGUUGGAAGCCAAAGAACUCGCCGCGGCUGAGAAGGCCCUCUCCGUGGAACGGCUGAAGCAGGACGCACGUGGCAAGCUGAGGGACGCCGAGGA